GUUUAGGCAGCAGCUUAAUUGCGAGUUUAACUGGGUAAUUUUGACAUCUCAUCUCAUUCACCUAAAUCUUCCCCAGGCUUCUCCCUAGUACAGCCUCCUCCGCCCACCUGGUCUCUCCCCAGACGGGUGUGCGCGAGUGUAAGACCUAGGGAGGGAGAGCGAGAUCCGCGAAGGGACUGGGUUAGAGUCGCUAGAGGGAGGUGUGGGACCGGCGAGAGGGGGCUUCGCGAGGGAGGGGGUGCUGGCAGGCGGAGGGAGUGGCGGGAGGAGGAAAGAGGCGGAGGCCUGGGGACGGCGGACUAGUCUUCGCCCCAUCCGAGCGCUCUUUCUCUCGCCGCGCAGUCUCCAAGCGGCGCGGGCUCUUGGGGGAGCGCCAGGCAGCUGAGGUGCCCGCGGGAGGCAGGCGGGUCCCGGGCGCGCACGCUCGGCCGAGCCCCGGCGCGCCCCGCGCCCGCGCCUGCUGACAGCUGCAGCUGGGCUCGAGCUGUCCGCUCUCGGCUGCGCGGCCUCCGCCCCCUCGGGUUCCCUCCCCUCUGCCCCUACCCCUCCAGCCCCGGUGCGGCUAGUUUCGCAACUGCUUUCGCCCCGUGCCCGGCUGUUUUCCGUUUCCCGACCCCUUCUUCUUGAGUACUUUGCCCCCAGCAUUUGGGGAGAGGGGCUGGAAAGGGGGCGGGUGGAGCGUCCAGAGGAGAAGGAAGCGAGGGCCGGAGGAGGAGGAAGAGAAUCUGCGGACCGUGGGGAGGAGACCCCACGCCACCCUUUCUGGUCAUCUUCCCUCCCGCCCCGCCCCUGCGCACACUCCCUCCCGGGUGAGCUACUUUCGGACGAGGAAAGUGAGGGCGGCCCUGGGUGACAGCGCCGCGGGGCCAGUCCUGGGGAAGCCGCGCGUCUGUUCGAGUCUUGUCCGCCGCGCUCCCAGCCAGGGGCAUAGCCCGGACCGAGGAUGGCUUCGACUACAACCUGCACCAGGUUCACGGACGAGUAUCAGCUUUUCGAGGAGCUCGGAAAGGGGGCUUUCUCAGUGGUGAGAAGAUGUAUGAAAAUCCCUACUGGACAAGAAUAUGCUGCCAAAAUUAUCAACACCAAAAAGCUUUCUGCUAGGGAUCAUCAGAAACUGGAAAGAGAAGCUAGAAUUUGCCGUCUUUUGAAGCACCCCAAUAUUGUGCGACUUCAUGACAGCAUAUCAGAAGAGGGCUUCCAUUAUUUGGUGUUUGAUUUAGUUACUGGAGGUGAACUGUUUGAAGACAUAGUGGCGAGAGAAUAUUACAGUGAAGCUGAUGCCAGUCAUUGUAUACAGCAGAUUCUAGAAAGUGUAAAUCAUUGUCACCUAAAUGGCAUAGUUCACAGGGACCUGAAGCCUGAGAAUUUGCUUUUAGCUAGCAAAUCCAAGGGAGCAGCUGUGAAACUGGCAGACUUUGGCUUAGCCAUAGAAGUUCAAGGAGACCAGCAGGCGUGGUUUGGUUUUGCUGGCACACCCGGAUAUCUUUCUCCAGAAGUUUUACGUAAAGAUCCUUAUGGAAAACCAGUGGAUAUGUGGGCAUGCGGUGUCAUUCUCUAUAUCCUUCUGGUGGGAUAUCCACCCUUCUGGGAUGAAGACCAACACAGACUCUAUCAGCAGAUCAAGGCUGGAGCUUAUGAUUUUCCAUCACCAGAGUGGGACACAGUGACUCCUGAAGCCAAAGACCUAAUCAAUAAAAUGCUUACUAUCAACCCUGCCAAGCGUAUCACAGCCUCAGAGGCACUGAAACACCCAUGGAUCUGUCAACGUUCUACUGUUGCUUCCAUGAUGCACAGACAGGAGACGGUAGACUGCCUGAAGAAAUUUAAUGCUAGAAGAAAACUAAAGGGCGCCAUCUUGACAACUAUGCUGGCUACGAGGAAUUUUUCAGCAGCCAAGAGUUUGUUGAAGAAACCAGAUGGAGUAAAGAAAAGGAAGUCCAGUUCGAGUGUUCAGAUGAUGAUAAACAACAAAGCCAACGUGGUAACCAGCCCCAAAGAAAAUAUUCCUACCCCGGCGCUGGAGCCCCAAACUACUGUUAUCCACAACCCUGAUGGAAACAAGGAGUCAACUGAGAGUUCAAAUACAACAAUUGAGGAUGAGGAUGUGAAAGCACGAAAGCAAGAAAUUAUCAAAGUCACUGAACAACUGAUUGAAGCUAUCAACAAUGGGGACUUUGAAGCUUACACAAAAAUCUGUGACCCGGGCCUUACUGCUUUUGAACCUGAAGCUUUGGGUAAUUUAGUGGAAGGGAUGGACUUUCACCGAUUCUACUUUGAAAAUGCUUUGUCCAAAAGCAAUAAACCAAUCCACACUAUUAUCCUGAACCCCCAUGUACACCUGGUAGGUGAUGAUGCUGCCUGCAUAGCGUACAUUAGGCUCACACAGUACAUGGAUGGCAGCGGGAUGCCAAAGACAAUGCAGUCAGAAGAAACCCGUGUGUGGCACCGCCGGGAUGGAAAGUGGCAGAAUGUUCAUUUUCAUCGCUCUGGGUCGCCAACAGUACCCAUCAAGCCAUCCUGUAUUCCAAAUGGGAAAGAAAACUUCUCAGGAAGCACCUCUUUGUGGCAAAACAUCUAAGGCCUGAAAACCAUUCACAUAUGGGUCUUCUAAAUGUCAACAGUGCCACUUCUGCAUUCUCUUGUUCUCAAGGCACCUGGAUGGGAACCCUGGGCCGUCCUCUCCUCCUCUUCAUGCAUGUUUCUGAGUGCAUGAAGUUGUGAAGGUCCUACAUGUAAUGCAUAUGUGAUACAUCAUCUUGUCAUCUAUUCCUUCCCACACAUUGUUUACACUUCAACUAGGGGGAUGUUCCAUGCAAACUUAAAUUACUGUUGGCAAACAAUAGAGGGAGGUCAAAAAAAAUUCCACAAUGUUCCAAAUACAACCUAUUCGUCAAGUUUCUGUUUAUGCCAAGAUUUAACAGACUUCAAAAUUAUUGUUCUCUGAAUGACAGUUUGUAAGAGAAACGUAAAUUUUUAAAACUCUUUGCUGUUAAUCAGUUUUGGCUUGUUUGUUUAACAAAAAGCAAAAAAAAGAAAAAAAAAAACACUUUCAGUUUCCUAGUGUGAUCCUGGGAUCCUGGUUGAAAGCUUUGUUGCUCUUUAACAAUUAAAGUAGGUUGAUAUGUGAGCAAAAUCACUCAAGAAUGUGGAAGCGAGAUAAAGUCAUGCUGUUUUUGCUCAAAUCGUAAACUGGAAAAAUUCACAUAAUUUACGUGUGAUCACUUUAGGAUAUACUCACAGUUGUGAAUUUGUUGUAUUUCCUGUUCCUUUCUCACCUAUGUGCUCUGUUUUCUCCAUUUGAUCUCACUUUUUGCUGUUUGCUUCCUUUUUCUCCAUCCUCUUCUGUCUUUUCUCACACACUACUAGACAGAAAGGAAAGUGAAAUUUGCAUAAUGGCGGUGACUAAACUAGCACUCCUAUCAUCUUUAGGACCCUGAAAACGUUGUCAAGAUUUUAAACGUUCUUAAUUCUGCCUAGAAUCCCUGUUUCCAAACUACAGCCUAUGUUGGUGGUAUUAGAAUUAUUUAAACUUAGGUAAAAGCAGGGAGUUCCUAGUUUACCUGAGAGGUGUCUUACUAAUUAGGGGACUUGCAAGGACAACACCAAGUUGUAGUGGAUCAGGGUUUUGUGCAAAGGCACUUAGUUCUGCCUUGUCGACUGGGCCCCUCCUGCUUCACCACUGGCUAGUUUUCUAAAGUCAGAGAGGUCUGCAAGUGAUUUCCAUUCUCCUAAGUGUUUAGAACUUGAUCUUUGUGGCGUGUGCUUUCUUAGCUUCUCUCUUGUGUCAGUGACAUUAUCUUCCUGUGAGGAGUUAGGAUUUUCCAGUUUAAAAAGAAAAGGGAAAUGCCUGGAUUUUCUUUGUGCUUCUCAUUUCUCCUUUCUUUUCUCAACUCCUGUGAGGCAGUUUCUCUUCCCUGAAAUGCUUUCUAGUGCAUGGUAUCUUCAUCAGCAUUAUUUUAACAAUAGUAAUUCACAAUCUUCAGAAGCCUAUUUUUAAAGCAGAAGCAAAAAACUAAACAAAAAACAACCCUCCCUCUUUCUCUCAUUUCACCUUUCUGUGUUGAUUACUAAUCACUUUAGAUAUUGUUGCUAGUGGAUGUAUGGUAGAUGGAUUGAAGCUUUUCUGAUAAUUACACGAUUUAAAAAUAUAUAUUUAAAAUAAAUAUAUACAGUAAAUGUAUUGAGCCAUGUUAACCUGCCAAUGAGAUCUGUGAAAAGUAAUGGCCUCGUUUUUCCCUUUUUGAUUUCUUCUACCUUUUUGUGAAGCGGCUAUACGUGGCAUACAUGUAUUUUAAAAAUAAUAGGUAUAGUGUUUUUUUUUUUUUACACUUCUAACUUAGCAUGUGGUGUUGAAGUAUUACCAUAGAUCAAGUUUGUCUUCCGCACUAAGAUGUGAGGAAAUUGUGAUUUGUUCUCUCCACCACAACUGAAUUACACAUUUAUUAUCUUCUAUCAUUUUGAAACACUGCAGUUUACCAUGGGACACUGUAUAUAUUUCUUGCCAUAAUGGUAAAUGACUGAUUGAUAUAUUUAAGAGUUAAUAAAUUUGUGAUUUCUGCUGA